UGUCCUCUUAAGUUCUACGCUACCCCGUCCCAACAAGAACCUCACAGCAGCAUUGCUGCCCCUGCUAUCAAUCGAAAUGAUUUUGAGCUGAAACCCUCAUUAUUUUCAGCCGUCCAAUAACAUCAAUUUGCUGGAAAUCCUACGGACGACCCUAAUGAACACCUGACCAAGUUUUGCAGUACGCAGACACUGUAAAGGCGAAUGAUGUAUCUCAAGAUGCGAUAAGACUAUGCCUCUUUCCUUUAUCACUAAGAGACAAAGCUUGGGCUUGGUUGCAAUCCUUGCCAUCCAACUCAGUUACAACAUGGGAAGAACUGAAGAACGUUUUCUUAUCCUGAUAUUUUCCGCCGAGCAAAACUGCUAUGCUGAGAGCUCAAAUCAAUGGAUUUCGACAAAAAGAUGUAAAAUCUCUCUACGACGCGUGGGAGAGAUACAAAGACAUGAUGAGGAUAUGUCCACAUCACGGUCUCGAAGACUGGGUGAUCAUUCACACAUUUUACAAUGGGCUUCUGUAUAACACAAGAUUGACAGUAGAUGCUGCCGCAGGCGGUGCACUUAUGGACAAGCCAUACAACGAAGUCUAUCAACUCAUUGAAAACAUGGCCCAAAACCAUUGUCAAUGGGGAGGUGAAAGAACUCCAGUAGAAAAGUCCCAAACAAAAAGUGGAAUGUACGAAAUCAGUAGCCUUGACCAUGUACAUGCCAAGGUAGAUGCCCUUGUUCAAAAGUUGGACAACUUGACCAUACCACCCGCAACCACCGUGGUUGUCGUGACUCCAAACUGUGAAUUAUGUGGAAACCCUUGACACACUGCACCAGAAUGUCAGAUAUUAGCAGGAGUCCCAAUCGAUCAAGUGAAUUAUGCACAAGGAAAUCCUUAUUCGAAUACCUACAACCCAGGUUGGAAAAACCAUCCUAAUUUUUCGUAUAAGAAUAACAACGCCCUAUAUGCACCUGGCUAAGCACCAGCUGUUCCGCCUGGAUAUCAAAAGCCAUCUAAUAAUGCUCCUAACAUGCCUAGGAAGUCAAACCUAUAAUUAAUGAUGGAAAGAUUCAUAGCUACCCAAGCUCAAACAAACAAAGACUUCUUGAACCAAAACAUACAUACCAGCGAGCAACUUAAACAACUAGCGAGCAAAGUAGACGCCUUAGCCACCCACAAUAAAAUGCUUGAAACGCAGAUUUCACAAGUGGAUCAACAACAAGCAUCUACUGCCGCUCCCGCUGGAACAUUUCCUGGACAACCGCAACCUAAUCCAAAAGGACAUGCAAAUGCCGUUAUACUGAGGAGUGGAAAAGAAAUAGACGGACCCGUAGAUCCAAGACUCCAAAACCCUGCCAUGUACCAAAAACCAGACAAAACCACAACUGAGCAGGUAAUUGAACCGAAGGAAAUGGAAGAUAAUACCCGAGAGGCCGAAGAGAAAGAAAAACCUUAUGUGCCUCCACCACCCUAUAAACCACCCAUUCUGUAUCCUCAAAGACUCGCAAGUUCUAAAACUGCAGGGCAAUUUAGGAAAUUUGUUGAACUUCUGAAGCAACUAAACAUUACAAUUCCCUUUACAGAAGCCAUCAUAGAAAUGCCCUCAUAUGCCAAAUUUCUUAAGGAGAUCCUAUCCAAUAAGAAAAAGAUUGAGGAUAAUGAAACAAUUACACAUACUGCUGAGUGUAGCGCAAUAAUCCAAAAUAACAUGCCUCCCAAACUAAAAGACCCAGGUAGUUUUUCCAUACCCUGUGUCAUCGGAAAAUUCGUCAUAGACAAAGCUCUAUGUGAUCUAGGAGCCAACAUUAGUGUAAUGCCCCUAACCAUCUAUAAAAGGCUCAAUAUGGGAGAACUAAGACCAACCAAGAUGUCUGCUCAAUUAGUUGACCGCUCAAUCAAAUAUCUUGUCGGUAUCCUAGAGAAUGUCCCCGUACAUGUAGGACAAUUUUACAUUUCUACAGACUCAUAAUCAUGGACAUCAAAGAAGAUGCCAAUACACCUAUUAUAUUAGGAAGGCCAUUCUUGGCUACCGCCGGAGCCAUAAUAGACGUAAAGAGAGGUAAGAUAACAUUCGAAGUUGGAGAGGAAAAGGUUGAAUUCAUCUUGACACAAUUCUUACAAGCGCUAGCUAUAGACGAUACCUGUUAUCUACUUGAUGUCAUAGACGAGUGCGUAAGAGAGAUGGAGAUGCAAGAAACCACAUACUCUGAUAUAAUGAAAAUCCAAAUCCCUUCAAUAUUUGAAGAUGAUAAUUGGCAUGAACCAUACCAAAAUGACAGUGUAAGCGAAUGCUUAGCACUUACGCCCAACCAUAUGCCAUGCCCAAAGAAACCUGACUUGGAAUUAAAAGCACUACCAAAUAACCUAAGAUACGAAUUCCUAGACACUGAACUCAAAAGACCAGUAAUAGUCAACGCUGACUUGGGACAGAUGGAAACUGAAAAGUUACUAGAUGUCUUAAGAAAAUAUCCAACUGCGUUAGGAUACAACAUCACCGACCUAAAAGGGAUAAGUCCUUCUAUCUGUAUGCAUCGCAUUAUGCUGGAGGAAGAUUGUAAAACCUCUAGAGAACACCAGAGAAGGAUCAACCCAAUCUUAAGUACGGUAGUCAAGGAUGAAGUAAAGAAGUUACUAGAUGUUGGAAUCAUAUACCCGAUCUCCGAUAGUCAAUAGGUUAGCCCCGUUUAUGUAGUACCCAAGAAAGGGGGUGUUACAGUUGUUAAGAAUGAGAAGGGCGAAUCUAUAGCACAAAGAGUUGUGACCGGAAGUAGAAUGUGCAUCGAUUAUAGAAAACUAAACAAAGCCACUCAGAAAGAUCAUUUUCCUCUACCUUUCAUUGACCAAAUGCUUGAACGAUUGGCUAAGCAUUCCCACUUAUGCUAUCUAGACGGUUAUUCAGGAUUAUUUCAAAUUCCAAUCCAUCCUGACGACCAAGAAAAGACAAGCUUCACGUGCCCUUAUGGUACAUUCGCUUACCGACGAAUGCCAUUUGGAUUAUGCAACGCUCCCGCAACAUUCCAAAGAUGCAUGAUGGCAAUCUUCGCUGAUUUUAUAGACGACAUUAUGGAAGUCUUUAUGGACGACUUUUCUGUUUGUGGGCAGAGCUUCGAAGGAUGUCUAUCAAACCUCGAAAUGGUACUUGAAAGAUGCGUAAAGGUGAAUCUCGUUUUGAAUUGGGAGAAAUGCCACUUCAUGGUUCAACAAGGAAUCGUGUUAGGUCACGUAGUAUCUGAUAAAGGAAUUGAAGUAGACAAAGCCAAGAUCGAAAUCAUAGAGAACCUUCAACCUCCAAAAACCGUAUGAGAAAUACGAAGCUUUUUAGGACACGCCGGUUUCUACCGAUGUUUUAUCAAAGAUUUAUCGAAAAUUACCAAGCCACUUACAUGUUUAUUAAUGAAAGACGCUGAUUUUAUCUUUGAUGAAAAAUGUUUAACAGUGUUCAACCAAUUAAAAACAUCUUUAAUCACCGCACCCAUAAUGCAACCACCUGACUGGAGAUUACCUUUCGAAAUCAUGUGUGAUGCGAGUGAUUACGCCGUAGGCGCAGUACUAGGACAAAGAAAGGAUAAGAAACUUGAUGCUAUCUACUACGCAAGUAGAACACUAGAUCCAGCCCAAAUGAACUACGCCACCACUGAAAAGGAACUUUUAGCCGUUGUGUUCGCCUUGGACAAAUUCCAUUCCUACUUAGUAGGGGAUAAAAUCAUUAUCUAUACUGAACACACCGCUAUUAGAUAUCUGUUAAGUAAGAAGGAUGCCAAACCAAGACUUUUAAGAUGGAUCUUACUCUUACAAGAAUUUGACUUAGAGAUAAAAGAUAAGAAGGGUACUGAAAACGUAGUAGCAGACCACUUAUCACGAAUCGAAGGGAAUAAACCUGAAAAAAUUCCAAUCAAUGACGAUUUCCCUUACGAAUGACUCAUAGCCCAAAUGGAAAGUGACAUGUCUAAACUAACAAUAAAUGAUAUCGAAAUAGAAGAAUCCGUGGAAGAAAUUCAUACGAAUGUAACUCUGCCAUGGUAUGCUGAUUUUGUCAACUACCUAGCUGUUGGAGUACUUCCAUCGGACCUAUCUUACCAAUAAAGGAAGAAAUUCUUUCAUGAUCUAAAACAAUACUACUGGGAUGAACCUCUGCUUUUUAAAAGAGGUACCGACUGUAUUUUCUAUCAAUGUGUUCCUGAGGAUGAAAUAGACGACAUAAUCUCUCAUUUCCAUUCCGCUCCCUAUGGUGGGCACGCAAGUACUUCAAAAACCUGUACUAAGAUCCUAUAAUCGGGCCUCUUUUGGCCUACUAUAUGGAAAGAUGUCCAUAAUACGGUUAUAAAAUGAGACCGAUGCCAACACACUGGUAACAUCUCAAGAUGCGAUGAAAUCCCACAAACAGGAAUCUUAGAAGUGGAAGUCUUCGAUGUGUGGGGGAUUGACUUCAUGGGACCAUUCCCAUCUUCUUUUGGUAAUAAGUACAUACUCGUUGCUGUCGAUUAUGUUUCAAAAUGGAUCAAGGUUGUAGCUUCUCCGAUAAAUGACACACGAGUAGUGAUUAAGUUGUUCAAGAACAUCAUCUUUCCUAGAUUCGAUGUGCCAAAACUAGUAGUUAGUGAUGGUGGCUCACAUUUCAUAUCCAAUAUCUUUGGAAAACUUCUUCUGAAGUAUGGAGUUCGACACCGUGUAGCAACACCUUAUCACCCACAAACCAGUGGGCAAGUCGAAGUUUUGAAUCGAGAGAUCAAACAGAUUCUAGAAAAGACUGUCGGAAUAUCCAGAAAAGACUGGUCAUCUAAACUAAACGAAGCUCUGUGGGCCUACAGGACAGCUUGUAAAACCCCAAUAGGGACCACACCCUUUAAAUUAGUCUAUGAUAAAUCAUGUCAUCUCCCUGUGGAAUUAGAACACAAAGCUUACUGGGCAAUUAAGACCCUAAGUAUAAAUUAUACUUCCGCAGGUGAGAAACGAAUUUUGGACAUUCACGAAUUGGAAGAACUUCGACUAGACGCCUAUGAGAAUGCUAGGAUAUAUAAAGAGCGGACCAAAAAAUGGCAUGACAAACGUAUAUCUAGGAAAGAGUUUAAUGUCAACGACAUAGUACUACUAUUUAAUUCGAGACUUAAGCUUUUUCCGGGAAAACUUAAAUCUCGCUGGUCAGGUCCUUUCGAAAUCACAAAAGUCCUUAAAAGCGGUACGAUAGAAAUCAAAGGUCGGAAUAGUGAACCAUUUAUGGUAAACGGACAGCGAUUAAAACAUUAUCAUAAUAUUGACAAUAGAGACUAUUCAAAUAGUCUAAGACUUAUAGAGCUGCCUGCUCAACCCCAAAAUUAGUACAUCGCAACGUUAUUGUCGAACUUACGACAUUAAACAAAGUGCUUAGCGGGAGACAACCCGCCUUUUCUUUUACUUGUUAUCUUUGUUACUAAGUAUUUUCCUUCUUUGACUUUCAUUUGUAUUUUUUUCUCCCCUUCCUUGAUUCUAUGCAGUAAUACUUGUUGCUUCUAGUUACUAACUUAGAAACAUUGGAUACUGAUUAACAGGCGAAUUUAUAACUAGUUAGUCACUAACUUUCAUCAUGCAACCAGUAGACACAGUUUUCAGAGGCAGAGUUCAGAGAAGGCUCUAUGAUUAUUUAGCUCAAAAGGAUAUCGCUUUAUCCAUAUAUUAUGAUGAAGCUACCAUGGAUAGGUUAGGUAUCUGAGACAACAUCUUAUUUAUGUUUAACCAGCUAGGAUGGGAGAAUGCUGCUAUUAAGAGAAGGUUUGUCACUUACCGUGAACUCACCCUAGAAUUCCUUAGCUCCCUAGUUUACAACCCCGAGCAUGGUUACGGACUUAACAAAGGGUUGAUUUCCUUUAGGCUGUUUAGCAUGGACUUCACUUAUAACCGUAGAGACCUUGCUGACCUCCUAGGAUUUCCUAGUGUCCCAUUUGUUUUCGCUACCCGCCAAGAGGAAUUAAUCGAUGACAUCGACCUAUAUUACUUUUGUGGUAGUUUAACUGGAGACUACCACCCUAACCCAAAUGAGAUACACUCCCAAAUGAUCCACAACCCUGCUAUCCGCUACUUCCAUAAAAUACUAGCCCACACCCUAUUUGGAAAGGAAGCGAACAACACCAUACUGUCACGAGAUGAACUUUUCAUCUUACUCCGCAUCGACCAAGGUCGACAUGUCAAUGUUGUGAGAUUUAUGAUGGAGAGAUUCAUUCACCUUACAAAUAACAAUCGCACCCCAAUCAUAAUAGGCGGCCUAGUAACCAUGAUAGCUGAUGCCAUUGGACUUAGACGCCCACUCUACGAGCAUGUACCAUUUGGACACAUCCGACAUAUGGACAUUGAAUUUUGCUUUGACUGUAGAAUCAUAGGAAACCUUGGCCCAAAUACUUUUGAUUACCUAAUUAACAACGAAGUUGUCCGACUAUUUACCCUGCCUAACCAUGAGAGAACAAGUGUUCAUAACCGAAAUAACUGGCUUUAUGAUUUAGAUCACCUUCACCUCCUGAGACACCGCCUAUAUAUGAGUAUGUAAAUGACCCUAUCCAUGUUGAUGAAUCUGACCCUGAAACCCCUCAAAACUACUAUAACAUAGAUGAACCGGAACUUCCAUCCUAUGCAGAUAAUCUAGCCAUGCUUCUUACCCAUCUGGAUGAUUUCCAUACUGACAUUACCGCUGUGAAAGAAGAAAUAAAGAUCAUGCGCCUUGAUGUCUUAGGCCUAAUGGAUGUAGCUGUCGAACAGUUUGAUCACUUGAACCAGGUUGUAGCUGCAUUGGGGCAGAACCGUGGUUGAUUUCACUGACCACUGAUCUUUCCUACUCACACUAAGCAAUGAGGACACUGCUAUAUUUUGGUGUCGGGAGGGAGCACAUUUUUAUUGCUUUUAUUCAUUGCUUUUAUUUAUCACUUUUAUCGUUAUUAUUUCUUUUAAUAUUACAUUUAACUUUAAUCUUUUAAUUUAAUAACAUUGCUAUUUAUUUAUUUAUGCUUCUACAAUGAAUUCUAUUUUUCAGUCAUUUUAUUAUACUUUAUUAUACUGCUGCUACAUUUAAUGAAAAAUUUGUGAACGAGCAUGUGACGAUCGUCACAUGUACUGUGACACCCACCACACAGGCGUGACGCCCGUCACGGAUCCACCACGCCCGUCACACAUAAUGCAGAUGACCGUUACAUAUUGAUGAUCGUUGUAGACGACCGUUACGCAACCGUUAUGCGUGACGACCGUAACAGGCCCGUGACGACCAUCACGAAAACAGAGGGCGUGCCUAUAAAAACAGGCGCACUUCCUCUUUUCUUCCUCAUCAAAUCAUCCUAAUCUCCUACUCACACCACUCUUCUCUCCAUUAACCAAUUCUUUACAUCCUUUUAAGCGAGAAACGUGUAACUCGCAAAAUCCAUCUCUCCCACCAACACCUAUAUUUUCAUAAACCACACUAAUGACCCGUCAAAAGAGAGCUGCUCCCGACCUCUCAACUGUCGUAUUCAGAAAUGGAGAAGCCGACGAGCGCCAAAGAGACACCUACCUCAAAUUUUAUCAACGUUCAGUCCAAGCUACGAGGUAUGUCGAUAACGAAUGUCUGACGGAGCUGGGACUUUUAGAUGGCGUGGGUUGGAUGCUGACCGACUCCAACUUGACACGACUUUGCACCACACCACAACCAACUUACGAGGCGCUAAACUUGGAAUUCCUAAGUUUCUUCUCCUACAUUACCCCCAUGGCGCAACUCAGUUUCUCAUCGGAGUCGCCAUAUUCAGAAUGUUCGAUACCGAGUAUUCCCUAAACCAAACUCAAAUAGCGUGAAUGCUAGUUUUUCGACAUGGAGAGGGAGUUCACUGCUGUAUCCCUGACGGAUGGUCAGAAAUAGCAUUUGGAGUAUGGCAUAACCUUACCAACAUGAACGCCACAAGCUGAGAUACGCUCAACGCAACUUACAUUCACAACCCAGCUAUAAGAUAUUUCCACCGAGUCCUAGGGCACACGGUUUUCGGAAGAGUCAACAAUCACAAGGUAAACUCCAAGGAACUCUUCUUUCUUCACUGUGUGUUCACCCCGAUUGCGUUCAAUGCCAUUCCAUUCCUAUUGCACAACAUUCAGGCUGCAUGCAUGAGAGGCAGCCAAGCGUUCUAUUUUGGGGGAGUCAUCACCUCCAUAGCACUAGGCCUGAAUUUGAGGGAUAGGCUCGCCGACUUGCCAGCCUUGCCAGCCGAGUUCCUCGACAUCGACUAUUGUCGUUCAUCACACCUCAUCAAGGCCAGAGACGACGGGAAGUAUCAUCCUAUGGUUAGAAACAAGAUAGUUCGAAGCAUCAUCAUGCCCAACAGAAAUCGUACAGAUCCGCAGAAUAUGGCAAAUUGGAUUUUUGAUCUGAACGCCCCUGAGGCAAAUGAAGGAGAUCCUGAUAAUGAAGCAGAUGAAGUCGAGGAGGAACUUAACCGAGGCAUGCCAUAGCCACCUCCUGAGUAUGUUGCAGAGACAUCUUCCUGAGGCCAGUGAAGAAAUGAGCGAAAACCCGCCACCAGGGAAAACAUCUACGCUGAGAUGUUACGACACAAACAGAGGAUGGAAGAACGCCAGACAUAAAUGAUGCAAAUAAUCCAGCAGAUACAGCGGGAUCAACAUGACUAUGCAAACUGGCACGACCAGGGGAUGGCGGAGCUUUCAGACCAGAUGAGUGCCUUGACACAUCGCGUUGAUGCCAUCCAGGAGUACAUUCAGCAUGUAGGAUUAGAUCCUACCCAGCGAGGAAGAGGUGAGCGUGCACGAGCAAGAGCCAGAGCACGCAGAGGCCAACAGCGUGACGACGAGUAGCAAUCUUCUUGUUUCUUCCCUUGUGCUUUAUAUUGUCGCAUUGAGGACAAUGCUUUGUUCAAAUGUGGGAGGAAAUCCUUAUCUUUCCUUUACUUGUUUCUAUUUUUAGCCAAUACAAUUUUUUUGCUUGUCUUUAUUAAAUCGUUACCAUCAUUCAUUCAUGGGUUAAAUACACUUUACCCCCCUGUAAUGUUAGCGAGUUUAGGGUUACCCCCCUGGUAAAGUUAUUUUUUCAAUACCCCCCUUAUGUUAUGUAGAUUCCUUCAUAGAACCCCCUAAUAUCCAGGUGGCAUGGAAUCUUGGUUUUUUAUUUCAGACGUGGCUUUUUAAUUUUUUUAUUUUCACAUGUGAAUCUUCAUUAGGUCUCCAGCAUGGCAUAAACUAGAAAUUAGGGUUCCAAAUCCAUCCCUCUCUCUCUUCGUGAAAUCCAUCCCUAUCCCAAAUCCAUCCCUCUCUCUCUUCGUGAAAUCCAUCCCUACCCCAAAUCCAUCCCUCUCUUCAUCUUCGUCCGUGUCCCCUUCAUCUGGGUUAUGGGUGGCAGCAAGGCAUCUUCCACGAGUGAAGUUGGAAACGACUUACCAAGAUGUGGAUGCAAUGAAACCAUGAAGUUGUUGGUCUCCAAGUCAAUUGAAAACCCCGGUCGCAAAUUUUGGAAAUGCAGGAAUAAUAUGAAUGGGUGCGGUUUAUUUUUGUGGGAUGAUUUGGUCAGUGAGUUUGCAGUGAAAGAAACCAAUCCGUCCGGAUGCCGCCAAUGUGAAGUCAACAAGGCUUAUUUGAUUGAAUUUGCUAAAGAGAUUGUUGAGGAGAUAGAUUGCAGAGUCGGAAAGCUUAACAAGUUAGAAAAACUGAAGAAAAAGAUUGCAAUGGAAAAGAGGAAAAAUUUAUGGUUAAUGUUUGUAAUUGGUCUGUCAUGGAUGUUGAUAGCAGCUAUGGUU